AAAACAAUAUGGCUGGACAAGAAGAGUCUUGUAAGCGCGAACCAAAGUCAAAGAUUGAAAGUUCGGAUAAUGUGACCGUUGAAGAUGACUUCUCUGACCCCCUUUUUGAUGUAAUGGACUCUGAAGAAAAAGACAUGUUUGUAAAGGGAUAUUGUCUGUAUAAACACAUGACAAAUAGACCAUUAACAUCAUCAACAGAUGACACCAAAGAAAAGACUGUUAUUAACUUAUUGAAAGAUGAAUCAGCAUCAAAUAAAAAUUUCAGUUUGUCAUUACUCAAUACUGAUCUUGAGGCAGAGCAGGAGGCCAGACUUCAAGAUUUCCUCAUCAAACGUUUAACACGGAGCUCAAUAUACAACAAUACCUCAGGAAGUCUCGCUACAUUAAGUCAUGAGGAUAUCUCAGAAAAACCUGUCAUGUGUUACUACAAGUUGAUCAAGGGACCAAAAUUUGACCUGGAAAACCAAAGUAAUGUUGUUGUGAACGAACACAGUACAUGCUGUCUGGAUUUUCUCGUUUGCUUUGUUGUGAGUGAAACAAGUAAUCUAUAUUUAUUUCAACAAGAAUUGGAAAGAUUUUGCAAAAGUUAUGAAGCAUCUUUGUCAAGUUUAGUCCAGGUGAGCAAGACAGAAGUCGACAUCUCAAAAAUAUUUAAAGAUUUAGUCAAUUGGUAUGAUAUUAAUGUUCUCUAUGUAUGUCGCUGUACCAAGUUAUUUCAGCUGGAGUUGUCCGCUUUAAUUAACACGGGCUUACUUGGUCAAAAAUUGUCUAUUUUGAACUGCAAUCAACAACAGAAGGAGGACAUUGCCAGAUUUGUUGAUGUUUGUAGCUUAUCAAAUCUCUUAAGUUCUCCUGUCAAGGAAAGCAAUCACAAAAUUUUAGAAAACUUAGAAAAGAAACCAAAAGAAGUUAACACUUUGACUUUUUCUGAUUUGAGUUUUAAAUUCAAUUUUGCAAGUAAAGAAGGUAUAUGUGAGGUUUGUAAUGACUGGGCAAAAACGAUGGUUGAGGGUGAACAAGACAAUCCAGUCUUUUUAAGGCAAGUCAUGGAGAAUUAUAAAUUGAAGGUUAUUCAAGACAUGAAUUCGCUGAAGAGAUUGUUACGAGAAGCUGAGGCGGACCACUAUGCUUUGUUCAGAUCAUACGUGUUUUUAUCUAAGUGUGUUAGCAGCCGUAUCGUGAUGGAACACAUCAGACAAGAAGCUGAGACGAGUAUGACGAAAGAAAUUUGCGAUAUCAUUGAGGUCUUGGACGAUUUUAUUGCCGAGAAAGGUGGCUUUUCAGAAAUAUACUUGCAAAAGAAAAAGUAAUUGCCUUGAGAUUGUUUCAAUAUACCAAGGAGCAGCGUGGCAGCGUCUUCAAACAACUUAGCAUCAAAUGUGGUAUAACAAAAGUUAGUAACUCUCCCGAC